AUCACAAAACCGGACCCAGCUUAAAAUACCCGCCCCGAUUGAAUAAACCGAGCAAAACUCAAUUGACGUUUCUCUCUCCCUCGUCUUUCAUUCAAAGAAACUCUGGUUCUCUCUCCCUCGUUAUAACUUAUAUCCAGAUCCUUCACCGUUCUCUCACUCUUAAGCUAGCUGGCGUUGGAUUCCUUUGUUGCCGAUUCGCAACUAAUACAAGCAGCAUCCAGCUAAGCUUUCGGAGUUUUUUGAAGCCCUGAAACUGGGAAUUGAGGAAAAUUUGGGUUGGGGUUCCAAUUGUAAAGAAUGUCCAAAGUCCGGGAUAGGAUGGAAGAUUUCAAAGAUGCUGUGCGCCACUCUGCUCUCUCUUUGGGUUACAAUGAGUCCAAAUUGGCAGCCAUUAUGGCAAAAUUUAUUAUACAUGCACCCCGCCAGAGGUCACCUUUCACCAGAGCCGCUCUCAAGACGAUGGAAAGCAUUGGAGCUCUGGAACAGUUUAUGUUGAAACAUAGAAAAGAUUAUGUGGAUCUGCAUCGGACCACUGAACAGGAGAGAGAUAGCAUUGAGCAUGAAGUAAGUGCUUUUAUCAAAGCAUGUCAAGAACAAAUUGAUGUUCUCAAAAAUAGCAUUAAUGAUGACGAGGCAAACUCAAAGGGAUGGCUUGGCAUUAGGACUGAUUACUCUAAUGCUGAUACUAUAGCACACAAACAUGGUGUGGUUUUGAUUUUAAGUGAGAGACUCCAUUCAGUCACUUCACAGUUUGAUAAGCUAAGAGCCAUACGCUUCCAAGAUACCAUUAAUAGAGCAACACCUAGAAGAAGACUUAAGCGGAUUGCAAAUUCAGAACCUGCAGAUGCUUCUAACUCCAACAAUUUGGAGCUCAGGGAACCUAAUGAACUUCAACCUGAGCCUCUAACAGUCCAACAGCAACUCUUGGACGAUGAAACACGUGCCCUUCAGGUGGAGCUGACUAACCUUCUAGAUGCAGUUCAGCAAACUGAAACUAAGAUGGUGGAAAUGUCUGCGCUGAAUCACCUUAUGUCCACACACGUGCUGCAACAAGCUCAACAGAUAGAGCAACUCUAUGAUCAGGCAGUUGAAGCAACGAAGAAUGUAGAGCUUGGAAACAAAGAGAUCUCAAAAGCAAUCCAGCGGAACAACAGCAGCAGGACGUUUCUUUUGCUUUUCAUCGUUUUAUUAACUUUUUCGGUUCUCUUUCUCGAUUGGUAUAAUUGAAUGUACUCAUCUUUGUAUAAUUUUGAUUCUAUACUUGUUAAAGAGAAAUGCAUGUUCACCAAACUUUAGCAGAGGUAACCGAGAAAAAAAUUUGAAAGUUGAGAUUUUUCUUUGUCAUCUUCGGUUCCAAGUUAUGGAAAAACUGUAUUUACAAAUGUUGUAUUUUUUAUUUCUAUGACAGAACAAAACUUGAGUCCUA